AAAAUAUUAAAUUACUGCACGACUUGCAAGGUCCAAUAGGGUAUUGACCCAAUACAUGAAGGGCUUGAAAAAUGGCAUGAGCAGUGUGAGCAGAAGAAACAUUACUCAGAGACUUGUUGUGUUUGCUUCACACCUCCCUUCGUCUUCGUCUUCCUCUUCAGAUUCCACUUCCAUGGCUUCGGAGAAACAAGCUGCUCUUGCUACCGCACCCUCCGACGCUGAUGCUCCCACCAUAUUUGACAAGAUAAUCAACAAGGAGAUCCCUUCAAAUGUGGUUUAUGAGGAUGAUAAGGUCUUUGCUUUUAGGGACAUAAAUCCCCAAGCUCCUACUCACAUUCUAAUCAUUCCUAAAGUAAAAGAUGGGUUAACUGGUCUAUCCAAGGCUGAGAAGAGGCACUUUGAAAUUCUUGGCCGCCUUCUUUACACUGCGAAGUUGAUUGCAAAGCAAGAAGGUCUUGAUGAUGGCUUCAGGGUUGUAAUUAAUGAUGGUCCAAAGGGAUGUCAAUCAGUUUACCACAUUCAUGUUCACCUCCUCGGCGGACGACAGAUGAACUGGCCUCCUGGCUAAAUUGGGACAAAGAAUAGGGAGUGAGAUGGACUUGAUUUCUCCUCCAUCAAUAUCACUUUAGUUGUGCCAUGUUACGAUAAUGGUUUGAGAAUAAUUUUGUGUAGCUACAUUUGUAUUGAAUGAUGCUGCUGAUUCCAAAGUCAUCUCUUGUAGAACCUAAUGGUUGGUAUAGUUGUUAAACUUUCGAAUUAACUAUUAAAUUGUUACAACUUUGCAA